AAGAGAGGACCCAGCCUUCUGGGCCAUUUCUGGUUCCCCCUAUUCGCCUGCAGUCUUGGGGGUGCUGGCCCAGUUCAUCUACAUAUCAGAUGUCCUCUCCCAACUAUUUCCCACUUCAUUGAGGUCAAGUUUUCCUGGACCUUCUACCUGGGCUGUGGCACCUCUCAUACCUGCUCACCGAUGGUGUGAGUGGAGAAGCCAGUGCUAGAAGACUAGAGGAUCUUGCUUUAGUUUUGUGCCCUCUCUCCACACCCAGGCACCUUGAUCCUGGUGACAUGGCCCACCACACUGGAGGCCCUACCCCAGGCAGAGCUGCCUCUGAACUCAUUUAUCAUAUGAGGAGGUGACAUGUUUUCCUGUCCACAAACCUUUAGGAAUUAUGAUUCUCCACCAUGUGCUUGCCUUGGGCAAAUGCUCUAGCCAAGGAGGCUGAGCUCCUGACCUGCCCCUUCCUCCCUCAGACCUGGAGGUUAAGCCCCCAGAUCUCUGCUUCUCAAGUUCUAGGGGUUCUUACCUCCAGCCCCCUCUUUAGUGACAACUGUAGAGUUGGGGCCUUCUCUCAGAAUGAAAGGCUGCAGAACCGCAGGAAAGUGUGACACAUAUCCCCAACUGUCCUCUUCAGCCACAUCUGCCCUCCCAUUUAACUUACUCCUACUCUGAUUGGCCACCUCUCACCUCUGGGCCCCCAAACUUUGCUCUCACCCCUUUCAGGAAGCCCUCCCUGGUGCUGAGGGCUCCAAAGGUUGGAGGCUUAGAACCUGAGAUAGAGUCAAGUUCUCAACCACCACCUAAACCACUGAUGAUCUGACUUGUUCAGUGUCCUCCCCCACCACACACCAGUGGGGGACUAGGCCCAAGAAUGGGAGGGAGGACGUGGUCUGUGCAAUACAGGAAGGGAGGGUGUGUGAGAUGAGGCAGCUACCGGGAACUGUGUGAAACCUAACCAGUCUUGUAUGAAGUGGCAGACUCCUCACUGCCCCUGCUGCUUGUUAGCUUCUCUUUCUUGAGCUCAGUGGCCUUGAGUCUGGGUGCACAGCCUCCUCCUUACUCAGACACUCAGGAGUCUGCAUCAGCAGCCUCUUCAUCCCAAGAACCCAGAACCCAGCACUCAGCCCCAUGGAGCCCUGCCGGUCGCUGGCCCUGCUCUCUGGUUCCCUGGGCCUGAUGUCCUCCCUGAUUGCCCUGAGCACCGAUUUCUGGUUUGUGGCCAUGGGGCCCUCCAAAUCAGCUCACUCGGGUCUCUGGCCAACAGUGCCUGGGGUCCCCGUAGCAGUCUACAUCCAUGUGACGCAGGGGUUCUGCAUUCUGGCCACCCUGUGGGGCCUGGUGUCCGUGGGCUUCCUGGUCCUGUCCUGCAUUCCCUCGCUGUCUGUGCCGGGCCGUGGCCCCCUUGUCGCAACCAUCACAGCCUUUGCUGCAGGCCUCUCCAUGAUGCUGGCCAUGGCGGUGUACACCAUUGAGCGGUGGGAACAGCCUUCACACGCCCAGGUCCAAGCCUUCUUCUCCUGGUCUUUCUACCUGGGCUGGAUCUCAGCAAUCCUCCUGCUCUGUGCAGGUGCCCUGAGUCUGGGUGCUCACUGUGGCAUUCGCGCACCUGGCUAUGAAAACUUGUGAGGGGAAAGCAAGAGGAGCAGAUGUCUUGAUCACUAUCUUCCGAAGGUCUUAUCAGGAGCCAUGGGAAUGCUUCGUCCUGCCUCUGUCCCUCACUCCCAACCCCUCCUCAUCCCCUUCAUCUGUUUCAUUAUUCAUUCAACAAAAAUUGUCUGAGAUCUGGUUGUUCUGAGAUUAAUUCAGCCGAGACAAAAGUUAACUGCAUGCCAGCACCAGGGCAGGUGACUUGGGAUGGUAAGAACUCAACAGCUCGGCCAGCCCACAUGGUCGUCCUGCCUGGGGAAGGGGACAGUGACAGACCAAAAGCAGUUAACACUGUCCAGACAGCAGUCCCAACCUAGGGAGGGCACUGAGAAAGAGUGACCAUACCGCAGAGGGCUGAAGAUAAUCUUUCCGGGGAGAAGACAUUUAGGUAUUUCUGGGGGGCCAAAGGAAGGUCAUAUCCAGGCAGAGUGUCCCCAAGAUGGAGCCAUGGAAAGGCCAGGAGUUUUGAGGGGAUAGAGAACUGUGCAAUGUGGCCAGAAUGUGGAAUGUGGGAGUGAUGGAAAAUUAAUAUGGAGAAGCAGGUGGGGGCUGGGGCUUCAAUGCCACAAUGGACCUUUUCCUGAGGGUGAUAGGAGGGGCAUUAGGACAAAAUUGUGAGCAGGGGAGGGACAGUGUCAGCAGUGGGUGCCAGAGAGACCUCUCUGGGGACAUGCAGGGGAAGCUAGAAGCUUAGGGAGGAGGAUGGCAAAGCCACAGGUAGAAGAGGACAAUAUCUGACCUGGGACCAGGGCCCGAGGUAGAAAAGAGGGAAUGAGGAACAGAAUUUGGGGACUCAAGGGCUUUGUGGGUGGGGGCAAGAAGGGAGCAAGGACAGAGCUCAAGGGUCUGGCCUGAUGGACUGGGUAGGAAGGUGAGGCCAUCCCUAGUUUGGUGGAAGACACUAAGCUGGGUUGGGAUGUGGCUGGGUAUCAGGGAUCUGCCAGGAGCAGGUGAGGACUCGAGUCUGGGACUCCAGGGAGGGACUGUGGGCUAGACAUGGAGUUCUGUCUGCUCUCCAAGCCUUAAGAAUCACUAAAAGCUAGAGAGAGGUAAGAGGGUGUAGGAUGGGGGGCUCGGCACCUGUAGCUCAGUGGAUAAGAGCACCACCCACACACCAGAGCUGGCAGGUUGGAAUCCAGUCCAGGGCUGCCAAACAACAAUGACAACUACAACCAAAAAAUAGCCGGGCAUUGUGGCGGGUGCCUGUAGGUCCAGCUACUUGGGAGUCUGAGGCAAGAGAAUCGCUUAAGCCCAAGAGUUGGAGUUUGCUGUGAGCGGUGACGCUCACAGAGAGCACUCUACUGAGGGUGACGGUUUGAGACUCUGUCUCAAAUAAAUAAAUAAAUAAAUAAUAAGUAGGGUGUAGGAUAGACUUGCAUAGGAAAUUGGCAUUUAAAAGGGAAAGGGAGAGCAGGGCAGGCACCUCUUCCCAGAGGAGUACCUUCAAAGUCAAGGGAACAGAAGGUUCGUGGUGUACCUUCAAAGUCAAGGGAAGAGAAGUUUCUAGAAGAAGGACCUCGUCUACCAUGUCUGGGCCCUCAAGCUCCCCCCAGGCCUGCCAUCUAACUCAUGGCUGUCAGUUGUUUAAGAUAGCUGUUGGGUGUGUAUGGGGGUGUAGAUGUGAGUGUGUGUGUGUGGGUGGGGGGGGUGUUUAUCCCUUUAAAGGCCCCUGGGGGAAGGAUUCUGGAACUCCUGUGCCUCACAGAGACCCAGCUUCCCUUCCCCCACCUCUGGGCUCUGUGUCUAAGAAGCCCUGGGGAGCUGGGUGUGAGUCACUUGGGUGUGUGUGUAUGUGAGGGGGGACUGGACAGGCUAAAGGGACAUUCCACUGGUGGAGGAGGUCUCUGGGAAGAUGAGUUCCUAAGCGGUGAAGCCUCAAAGGGGAGAUCUCAAGGUCCUCAGUAGGAGGACUAGGCCAUGGAGGAUAGAGGGUGGGGGGAGGUGAUUGUGGGUCUCUAGGCAAGGUUGUUGAGAGACAUCUGAGGGUGGGGUCUUCAGUCCCCAGGUAGCACUCCAGGCUGAGGGAGGC